AUGAAGUCCUACAAGUGGGUUCUCCAGGGUUGCUUCGGUGAACAUCUUGCAGGUUACAUCACCUACCGAUCUAGCGAAGUUACCCAGGAAUGGAAACAAAAUGUAGCCAUACCAACAUUGAAAACCAGGCAAACCGAGUAUCCGUACUUGGCACAUUCCGCUGAGCAUGGCCAUCACGGAGUCUCUUUGAGCGCAUCACAAUACACAAACCACCACUACCCUCGCGUCGUGGAGAUACACUACCCUACUAAACGGCGCCGCCGUAGGCCGAAUGUGAUCAACCUCCGCUUCGGUCCAGACCGGCUUGAGUUUUGCCACCAGACGUGGCAUCGACAACCUCGUUCUACCUUGCCGCGAGGUAGAAAAGCGAAACGAGAUGAAACCCCGAAAAAUGAGCCCCUGCCGACCGCUGCCUUGGUCCUCCCGGGGUGUGCCACCUUUGCGACGUCACGCAAGAUCCAUAACGCUUGCUGUGCCAUAUACUUCAAUGCUGAAGAAUGUACUUUGAAUACGUGGUAG